CGCUCCGGGGCGGGUAGGCGCCCCAGGAUGGAGCGGCCGGAGCCCCCACCCCGAACGGCGGCGGGGCAGGAGGAGCAGGAGCUGCGCGAGCGAGCCUUCUUCUCCUGGGCCGAAUUCAGCCGCUUCUUCGACGCGUGGUGCCAGCAGCGGCUGGCGCUGUUCUUCGUGAAGAGCUCCAUGCACCUGGCGCGUUGCCGCUGGGCCAGCGCGCCCCCGCUCUACACGCUCAUCGACGUGCUCAAGUACAGCUACGUGCGGCUCGUGUGCAAGGACGUGCGCGCGCCCAGCCGGCCCGCCGUGGGGCCCCCCCAGCCUGGCUGCCCGGCCUUCAUCAUCGUCAAGCUGAGCCCGUUGCGGGACCGCCUCGUGGUGACCGAGUGCCAGCUGACCCACUCGCACCCCGCCUGCCCGCUGGAGUUCGCCUACUACUUCCGCCCGGGCCACCUGCUGGCCAACGCCUGCCUGCCGGUGCGCACCACCAAUAAGAUCUCCAAGCAGUUCGUGGCCCCGGCCGACGUGCGCCAGCUGCUCUCGUACUGCAAGGGGCGCGACCACGGGGUCCUGGACGCCCUCCACGUGCUGGAGGGGCUCUUCCGAACCGACCCUGAGGCCAAGGUGAAGCUGGUGUUCGUGGAGGACCAGGCUGUGGUGGAGACCGUGUUCUUCCUGACGUCGCGCACCAGGGCGCUGCUGCGGCGCUUCCCGCGCAUGCUCCUGGUCGACCGGCUGCCGGCGCUGCAGGGCGCGCUCGAUCUGCUGGCUGUGCUGUGCGUGGACGGCUCGGGGCGCGCGCGCCAGGCCGCCUGCUGCGUAGCGCGCCCGGGCACGCCGAGCCUGCUGCGCUUUGCGCUCGCCUCGCUGCUGCAAAGUGCGCCUGACGUCAAGGACCGCGUGCGCUGCCUGACGGCGGGGCCGGAAGUGGCGGCACAGCUUCCGGCCGUGCGCCAGCUGCUUCCGGGCGCGCGCGUGCAGAUCUGCCGCGCGCAGGGCCUCGAGACGCUCUUCAGCAAGGCUCAGGAGCUGGGCGGCGCGGGCCGCGAGGACCCAGGCCUGUGGUCGCGCCUGUGCCGCCUGGCCGGCGCCGCCUCUCCGUCUGCCUACGCCGAGGCGCUGGCCGAGCUGCGCGCGCACGGCCCCGCCGCCUUUGUCGACUACUUCGAGCGCAGCUGGGCGCCGCGCCGCGACAUGUGGGUCCGCUUCCGCGCCUUCGAGGCGGCCCGCGACCUGGACGCAUGCGUUCCGCUGCAGCUGGGGGACACAAGGGCCCCAGAUGAAGGGGAAGCCCGGCCUGUGGACCCCAAGAGCCAAGCAGGACAGGGGGUGGAGUGGGGGGACGCAGGAGGGCGGCGUCCGGCGCUGGGGAAUGGAGUCGUGUGCAGCACGCCCGUGGGGGCCGUGUUUGAGGGGAACCCCGAAUGGGCAGUGGCAACAGGGGUGUACCUGGGGGAGGGCCUGCCCCGCGGAGGCGAAAGGGAAGGCCCACGGGAACCAAAGAAGAUACCAGGCUCGCCCGGCGAGGAGGCGGCGGACUGGGAGCCCCUGGCCAAGUUCCGCGCAGCCUGCGGGCCAGAGCUGGCCGACCUGGUGGCCGAAGAGCUGACCUUCGCCAGGCGCCACGGGACCCGCGGUUUCCACUGGACGGGAGCUGGCUUUGCCCUCAAGGACGGCACCUCGGACUUCUUCCUGGACGGGGCGCUGACGCGUUGCAGCUGCUCCAUCCACGCGGCGCGGCGUCUGCCCUGCCGCCACCUGUUCGCCGCGCGCCUCCUCACGGGGGCAGCCUUAUUCCACGUGGACCUGCUCCGGGACUGCUGGGGGAGAACCCCGGAGCCCUGA